CCUUCACACAUAUAAACCCAUGAAACCCUAAACAAAGCUUCUUGCGCCAGAGCUAGAGAGAGACACACACAAAAGGUUCAGCUCCAUUUCGUCGGCGGCGCUGCAAGGUAAGAAAUGGUUAAGCACAACAAUGUUAUCCCUAAUGGGCACUUCAAGAAACACUGGCAGAAUUAUGUAAAGACAUGGUUUAAUCAACCAGCCCGGAAAACCAGAAGAAGAAAUGCUCGCCAGAAGAAGGCCGUCAAAAUUUUCCCCCGCCCAACUGCUGGACCUCUUCGUCCCAUUGUACAUGGGCAAACAUUGAAGUAUAACAUGAAAGUGAGGGCUGGAAGGGGAUUUUCUCUAGAAGAGUUGAAGGCUGCCAACGUUCCCAAGAAACUUGCACCAACUAUUGGGAUAGCAGUUGAUCAUCGGAGGAGGAAUCGUUCUCUGGAAACUCUUCAGGCUAAUGUGCAGAGGCUGAAGACGUACAAGGCCAAGUUGGUUGUCUUCCCAAGGCGUGCUCGCAAAUUUAAGGCUGGUGAUUCUGCUCCUGAGGAACUUGCAACUGCCACCCAGGUCCAAGGCCCAUACUUGCCAAUUGUACGUGAGAAGCCAUCUGUGGAGCUUGUGAAGGUCACUGAAGAGAUGAAAUCAUUCAGGGCAUAUGACAAACUCCGCAUUGAGCGGACAAACCAGCGCCAUGUUGGUGCCAGGAUGAAGAAAGCAGCGGAGGCUGAGAAGGAAGAGAAGAAGUAGUUGGUCCAUAAAGCAGCCUUCUUUACUUCUAAUGUUGAGAGGCUUUUUGCAUUUUGUCCUGGACUUGUUAAAACUGAAUCCUAGCUUUUCUAAAGUCUUUGAAUUUAUGAAUUUUCAUGGCAUGGUUAUGUUGACCUCUAUUCGGUUUUGUUUUGACUAUGCUUCCUUUCAUAGGAGUAUACUUUGGUGCUGCACUAUUUAGAAUUUUGUGAGAUUUAGAAUUUUUUUUUAUAUCGAUAUAAUCUUUCAGUGCUUUCA